AUGUUCGUCCGCUGCCAUCUCCCAAUGGAGCUUGACCCCGGCCCUGGGACAAGGAAGUCGCCAACGCUGUGCUCCUUGGUGUUGGUGCUGUUCGUCAUCGCAACCUUCCUUGUGUGUGAAGUGCAUGGACAGAUGAAGGAGGAAAUCGUCGGACUCGGCAAUCACAAAAGGAAUGGCAGCCAAGUGGAGCUCAACCCGUACACUGUCAAAGUCACAGAGAAGGACUUCAACUUGACAGAAUACAAAGGUCGCUUUCAGGAUGCCUGUGAUGUUAAAAUCGAGAAAGACUACAUCGAGCUUCAGUACAACGAGGACGGCAAGGGAUGCAUUGUGGAUUUGCUCAGCAAGAACAAGACAAACAAGGACAAGAUCAAGUUAACAGCUAUAGUGAGGAACAAGCGAGGAGGGAUCAAAAAAUGCCUUGAUGCGGGUAAAGAAGUGGAGGAUAGCUACAAUAAUAAUAUGCCCUUCGUCUACAGCGUUAGCAAUGAAGUCAUCGAGAAGCUCAACAAAGGACUAAAUGAUGAUUCCAUGGGGGCGUGUAAAAAUGUUUGCAUGUCGUGCAUGACAAGGACAUCUCUUGAAGUAUCAUGGAGCAAGUAUAAAGAAGAGGACGUAAAUGUGAUCUAUGCUCACACCCAUCUAUCAAUAAUUGACGAAGCGGAGCGUGGUCUGACUCAUGAAAAGUCUCGCAAAGAUACCUUCGAUUUGGAGAUAACGGCGACUAACAAGUUCACGAUGAAUUUCGAAAAGCACGAAGUAUUUGCUCUGAAAGAUACUGUUUGCGUUGCAGAGACAGUUCAAGCCGUCAAACCAGAAGCAUGGAGCAUCACGAACAAAGAACUACAUGAACUGCAUGGUCAACAUCUGCUCGUCUUCAGUCUGCUUUCACGGAAUGCUACUCUUGUAUUCGAAGGGAAAAAAGUUACGUCUAAAAAACAGUCUAUGCCGCAUUGUGAGCUCUUCGUUCAAUUUAAAAGAUCGGACUACGAGCUGCUGUAUGUUAAACCUCUGCCAGCGAAAACAACGACGACUGCUAAAACGACAACAAAAAGCUGUCCAACGAUACCAGAGGCUGCAACGUGUACUCCUUGUCCACCAACAUCUGCUCCUUGUCCAGAGAAAUGUCCUCCUUGUCCAGCGGCAUCGACACUGUUCAGCAACAACAAACUAAUGACGACAACUGCGGCCACAAACAUCCCAUCAUCAGCGGAUCCUGCGAAAAACAAGUGCCCGGAAGAAUCCUGUGGAUGGCUUUAUAUUGUGAUUGCCGUUAUUGUUGUGUGUCUAAUCAUCAUCGGAGUUUUGGCAUGGUUCUGGAAGAAAAGGGAUUCGGAAAAGAAGGAAAAUCUUAAAAGUGAGGAAGACCUGUAUGCUCUGUACAAAGCUGAGGAAAAAGUCAUAGGCCCUCACAAUAUGAAGCAAUUUGACGUAUGGAAAGCGCAUAGAAAGCAGAACGAACUGGAGGAGCUUCCGAUUGAAAGACUGGUUGCUAUAAUGUGGAAGAGGACGGAGAGGAAAACCCGCAAAGAUAAGAUUCAGGCCAUUGUAGACGAGUGCUCGAGGCAAAUUAACAAGGAGCUCAAAGAGAACGAGUAUCCGCAGGAAAUGAGGAAAAAAGGACUUCGAGAGACCUUCGAGAGAUGGAAAAAGAGAAAUAACAUCGAUACUGCGUUCACCGUGAUCGAGGGAACAACAACUGCAGUUGAAAGUGAGCAGCCGAAGGCCGUCGAGGGGGUGAUCGUUGAGAAAGUUGAUAAGGUGAAGGCUGAUGAGAACGUUGAGGAGGCAAAGGCUGAUGAGAACGUUGAGGAGGCAAAGGCUGAUGAGAACGUUGAGGAGGUGAAGGCUGACGGGAACGUUGAGGAGGUGAAGGCUGAUGAGAACAUUGAGGAUGGCGUUUCGGUUCCACUAUCCGAAGGAGGAGUUUGA